UGCCUCUCAUAUUGUCACGUGGACAUUUGAGUUUGAUACGAAACGUUAUACAGCGUAUAAAGAAUGGGCUGUAGAGUCCGACGACUUCUGGAUGUUAGGUAAUUCGUGGAAACUAUGCCUCCAUUUAUGGAUUGACCACACUGGAUUCAGGAGGUACGUCGACGCUUUCUUGAGAGUUUCUGAUUUCAAAGAUCAGGCUAAACUAAAUUCAAAUCAUCUCAGAUACUUCAUAUAUGCAUUGGGGAAUGCCAAUCGAAAAGUUUAUUCUUGGGCCAGUGUGGCCCUAAAGUAUUCGCCAGGAGGGUGGCGCGGACAUAGAGACGGAAGCGUUGAGCCAUACUCAUUUCUCAAAAACGAAGAAGUAUUCCCUGGAGGCAUACUGACAUUACGUUGUGAAAUAAUUUCCGGAGAAAAUGAAUAUAACGCUCUACCGGAAUAUCAGCUUCAUAACCAGUUGAGAAUGCUGACUGACGAAAAAUAUACGGAUGUCACCGUGGUGGUUGGAGAAAGACAAAUCAGAGCCCACAAAGUCAUGUUGGCUGCCCACAGCCCCGUAUUCGAAGCGAUGUUUAGAGCAGACAUGCAGGAAAGCAGCCAAAAUGUGAUUAAAAUUGAUGAUUUUGACUUCGAAGUAGUGAGGGAAAUGCUGAUCUAUAUAUAUUCGUAUUCUUCGCCGAACAUUGAAAACCUGGCCGGUAGCCUCCUAAGAGCAGCGGACAAAUACGACUUGGGCAGACUGAAAGCACUCUGUGAGCAGACGCUCAGUGCCAAAGUGACGGUGGAUACCGCGGUGGAAUAUCAAGCCCUUGCCGCGCUUUGUAGUGCAGCUUCGUUGCAACGGAGUGUCGCAAAAUUCAUCGCAGACAAUAUAGCGGAGGUACUAAAAACAGAUGAAUGGAAACUUAUGGUACAAGGGCAUUCCCUCAGUUACGUUUUGCAGAAGAAUAAACAAAAUGUUGAGCACAAUGAUGAAGAGUACCACCUAUCAAAUAAGUUGAAGCCAGCCUAGAACGGAUCUACGGCAAUUUUCCAUCUGCAACAGACUUGUCUCAUUAGAACGUGAAAUUUUAGCUAGGGUAGUUGUCCCGAUCAUUGUGGUAUCAGGCACAGUGUUUCUAACGCCACAUACCAUACCAUAUUUCUGUAGCUUAAAAUAAGCUGGUAAUGAGAAGCUAGUGUUGGAAAAGCCACAGCAUACAACUUUUCACUGAUUCGUUUCCAGACUAUACAAUAUACAGCCACCAUUUUGAUUAAAGUUUCAAGAAGCUUUAAGAUCCUGACAUAUUUAAUAUAUAACGGUAUUCAACACAAACAAAACAAACAAUAGCGAGUAUUUUGUCUUACAGAAAAUCAAAGUCCUGAACAAUGUAUCAAGGUAAACAUAUGAACAAAAUAAUUAAUCAAUUCUUCUAUUCAAUGGAAUAAGUUUAAAUAAAACUACUGGUACAGAUUUGAAUAUUUCAAACUAUGUUUUUUAAUUCCCUAAAAUAAUAUCCGAUAGCUUUUGCGUAUACCUAGCGACCGGCGAAAGGGGUGGUUACAUAUUCUAGUGCGAAUAACUAGGGGAACCGUACGUUUGUAUCGCCGAAAUCCAUCUUGCGGAAUUCAUUUUUACUGUGUUACAUUUCGCGGAAUGACACUUGAUGGAAUGAACCAAGUCGCGCAAUGCACCGGUUCGCAGAAAAUCGUUAAAUAAGAGAGACAAAUAUUACUGAUCGACAGAUAAUAUCUAUUAGGUUAUAAAUUAAAAUUUAAAUCAACAAAUAAAAAAUUAAA